AUGCAAAGAGCGUGUUCACACCAGGAUUCAAGGAGCGUCACGUUUCAUGUGACGUUUACGGCCGGCCCCACAGAAACGAAUGAGGACCGCCUCUUUGCCGGCGCCCAGAGCCGCUACGGCAGCUUCAUCGCUGGCGUGAAUACCGCCGGCCAGGGGAUAGUAAUUAUGCAGAUUGACGAUGUCAUCCUCGGCAGGCUGGAGAGCAGCCACGCGUUCGGCCACCGCGUGACGUUCGCCAAUGUGGAUGCAGCUUCCCUGCCGCCUUUCAUAACUUCUCGUUUCGCUGGGGUGACGGUGGGGCAGUUUAAAGUCUCCUCAGCGACGCGGAUUUCCGUGGAGCCCUCCUCCGCUGUCCCAAUGCUCUACAGCGCCAGGCUUCGGUUCCCCGUUUACGAUGUCGGCAGUGACAGGGCUCGCCCCGAAGACAAGCACGCGUCAGAUGGCAGCGCCCUCCUGCUCAUCCCACACGGCGGGAUGUUCCGGGGCGGGCCGUUCCGCAAGUUUAAGGCGUGNGUCGCGUGCGGCAACGGUGACAGUCCCGACGCCGGACGCGUGGAGCUCGCCAUCAGGGAAUCCGCUCCCGACGACUUCGUCGCUCAGCUACAAGCAGCGGCCGAUAGCAGCACGCCCCUUUACGUGCUACUGCACCGCCAACCCCACCAUGGAAUGCAUUGUUCCAUCAUGGAAUACCAUGCGCAAUAUGACCUGGUCAUGUUUCGCAUAUUUAUGAGCAGGUACAUGACCACCUUUAUGACCUCAUGGGGUCAUAAAGUGCAGCCAUGA